AUGGCAUUAUUGAAGUUUCGUGUUGUCACUAUUGUAGCUGCCUUUUGUUACCUUACUAUUAUUGACAGUGCGGCUAUUACUGGGGAGGUAACCGAAAAAUUCGACCGCGGUGCUUUGGAUGACACGCCAGAGUUAAAUUUUGAACAUGGUACUGAAAUUAGUGUCAGUAAUAAAACCAAGAACACUAUUUGCGAUAAACAGCCAUGUGCUUGGGCUACUUAUCAUCCCAUUACACGGAGAGUUAACGACUAUAUAACGAAUACCUGUAAAUGCUCAGAGCAAAAGCCCAGUUGCGAAAAGACACACGAUGACUUGUCUAUUAGCGCUUACGUUCAUCAUUGUCGUCCGAGUACAAUUAAUAGUGAAAAUCCGGAAAUUCCUGACGAAAACUAA